AUGGCAUCUAAAAUGAAAGACAGAAAGAGAACUCCCAUCUCCCACAAAGUCAUCGAGAAGCGGAGACGGGACCGCAUUAACCGGUGCCUCAACGAGUUAGGGAAAACUGUACCAAUGGCCCUGGCAAAACAGAACUCUGGAAAACUGGAGAAAGCUGAAAUCUUGGAAAUGACCGUUCAGUACCUGAGAGCGCUGCACUCAGCGGAUUUCCCCCGAGGGAGAGAGAAAGGUGAACUACUGGCUGAGUUUGCAAACUACUUCCACUAUGGAUACCACGAGUGUAUGAAGAACCUGGUGCACUACCUGACCACAGAGGACAGGGCUGAAACCAAAGACAUCAAGUACGCACGGAUCCUCGCCUUCUUACAGUCUAAAUCUCGUGUGGUCACCGAGCCCGUGUUCGGCUCCAUCUCCUCGAUGCCAGAGCCGUGUGACUACCUCAGCCAGCUGCACUCCUCCCCGGAGCACCAAAGCCACAGUCCGUCUGACUCCAUGUACCAGCAGACACCGGCACCGGGACACUUCUCCUGGCACGGCUCGACCCGCAGCCCGGGCAUCUCGUACCCGACAGUGCCCCUGGCUGCGCACACACAGCAGCACGGUGGAUACCUGUCACCGGUGCAGGGACUCGACCACCACUAUUUCAACUUCAUCGGCCACACGCACGCAAACACUUUUAGUUUGCACAGUGCGCAACAUGCCAUGUAA